AUGGCUCCUAAAGCACCUAAAGAUCCUAAAGUAGCUAAAGAAGGCAAAGCACCUAAAAAACCUAGACUACCUGUAGUAGUCCCAGAAUGGUUUAACUCUAAGGGUUACCGGAAGAGGAACCAUGAUUUGAAGAGUAUAAUUGCAUCUUUCUUGACUCCUGCACAACAGGCUAAGCUUAGUAAUGGUCCAUUUAAACACAUUAUUGCUAUGGAGAAUAUCAAAUGCAGCAUGAAGUUGGUUCAUUGUCUGUGUCUUUCUCGAAUAUUCACGAAUGAUCGAGACUCUAUUAGUUUCAAGAUAUUUGGGCAUGAUGUUUCCUUCACCCUUGAAGACUUUCACAUUAUGUGUGGUUUGCCGAUAACAGCACAUAAUAUUGAAAAACCAUUUAAUCGAAAGAGAACUAUUCUAAACCGGUAUUUUGGUAAGUCCAAGGGUGUGUAUCUGAAGGAUAUUCGAGGUUUUAUGACUCGCAAUGCAAUUCCAAAGAAUGCUGUGAAUUAUCCACACGUAUGCGAGAAUGAUGAAGAUGCAGUUACGCUUGUGGAAAUUCUUAUUUUAGAGUCUAUUCUGUUUGGGAAAAAUAACGAUUCAUGUGUGAAUGAGGAGUAUGCAUCUAUCAUUGAGGACGAGAAGGCUCGUGUUGAAUAUCCCUGGGAUAAUGUGGCUUAUGAGAAGCUCAUUUAUUCAUUGAAACAUGUAUUGGACAAGCAGAACAAACAUCAUGCAACUGAGUAUAAACUUACUGGAUUUCCAUAUCCGUUAUGUGUUUGGUUCUAUGAGCUCUUCCCAGAUGUUCGGAUGAGGUAUGUAGCAGAGGAUGAGUACCUUGAUAUGCCUCAGAUCCCCAGGAUGUUACGUUAUGUAUGCGUGGGAGAGCCUAAAUUUCCUGAACUUUAUUAUAUGUUCAAAACUCAUGAAAGAUAUCGCGACUUUAGGGUAUUGGAUAUAAUUCCUACAGAAGAGGAAUUGAAUUCAAUGCCUUUAAUUAGGAAAUUACCGUGCAGUAGGAUUCGUUCAAAUGUAGAUAAUGCAGUUCCUUCAACUGGUAAAUCACCACUUACUCUGAGUCGACCAAACGAAUUGAAUCGAAAUCCUGUCAUUGGUAAAUCACCACCUACAAAGAGUCGAUCAAAAGAAGUGAAUCAAACUCAUGACAUUGGUGAAUUACCACGUAGUCGGAAUCAACCAAAAGAACUGAAUCAAACUCCUUUUAUUGGCGAAGCAUCUCGUACCAAGAGUCGUUCUACUCCAUCUACAUCUGACUUUGAUGAAGAUGAAUUACUUGAUAAAAUAUGCUCUAGGUUAACGACGGAGGUUCAAAGGCAAAAUGAAAAAGAAAGAAGCACAAUCGUGAACGAAGUUUUUGAUAAGUUUAAAAAGGAGGAGCGAACUGCUAUUGUGGAUGCUGUUUUUGUAAAAGUGAAAGAAUAUUUCGAUGAGAAGUUUGAACAGUUGUUUACGAUUGUCAACAAAUCAAAUGGAAUCGAUCGAGAAUAUGACAGGAUGAAUGACUGUUGUGAAGAUCCAUUGGCUUUUGAAGGCGAUCAAAAUGUUCAAGAACAAGUUGAAGAGCAACGUUCGAGUCCUGAUAGAUUGAGCAGAUAUGUAAAUGAUGAAGCACAUUUAUCAACUGAGAAUAUUGGUAGUGAGGAAGGUGCUCAUAAUCAAGUUGUCGAGACUGAAGAACAUACUGCUCAUGAUGCAUUGCCUAAUGUCGCAGAUGAUAAUGCUACAUAUAAUGAAGCGGCUGUCGGAGGCGUUGAACUUGUUCAACCACAAGGUGGAGAGAAAGGUGCAGAUGAUCAAGUUGUUGGCACUGAAAAACAUUCACCGAGUUGUGCUUCAGAAAGUGAUCAAGCACCUGUUGGUACUUCAAAUCUGAAAGACGAUCGGUAUGCAGGAGUAAUAGCGAUUUGCAAUGAACUUCUAGGUGUUGCUACACAGGAAAUUGUUACUACAG